AUUUAGAAUUAGUACCUGAGCCUAGAUUUUACUAACAUGACAGUAAUAGCUACUCGUGCGCUGCUACGUAUCGCACUCCCAAGACCUUUUGACUCGUGUUUAUUUUUUUUACUCGCGCACUAAUUUUGCAUAAAACUUAUCUCGCCUUCUCUCUGUUUGCCGUAUCUUCUUCUUCCUCUUCACUUCACCAUAUACCCUCUCUUCCCUUAUCCCUUUCCCUUUUGGUUUUUGCUUUCCCUUUCAUCACCAUUACGCUGCUAAUCCCCAUCCCAAUAUCUGGGUAACCUAUUAUUCUUUAUUAACCCUCAAAAUAUGGCAAUUGCUUGGUCUGAAACCGUUGUUUCAAUGGAAGCUUUAUCUUUGUCUCCUCCUAUGUCCCCACCUGUCAUCCUAACCCAAGACUAAUUGAAAAAAUCGCCGCUUACAAAGCUGUUGAGUUUGUUGAGUCGGGUAUGGUUUUGGGUCUGGGCACAGGUUCGACAGCCAAACACACCGUGGAUCGAAUCGGGGAGUUGCUCCGGCAAGGCAUUGUUCAUCUACCACACCAAAACCCUUUCAAAGUUGAGAAACGCCAUUGGAAGAGAGAAAAGAAAACAAAACCCAAAAGGACAUAAUGAGCGGUUCUUUGCAUAGGUUCGCUACCAUCACCCGCCUGUCACAAAAGCAACCAUUCGCCGACUUGGCUGACCCGACCAACAGAAUCCACCCGUUUCUAAGGAACCGAACCAAGAUCCAAGCCAGGGAGUAUGUUCGGCUCCCAAAUGUUGUACGAAAAGUAAGAGAAUAUGAGAUCUCCCCCGCCCUUUUCAGUUCGUUUUCUUCUUCCUUUUCGUCUUCAACGGCAUCGUUUGGGAAGAUGGGCUUCGUUGGGUGGUAUUUAGGAAUUGUGAAGUCGUGGCCCGUUUUAACCAAGAGCGUUACUUCAUCAGCUAUUUAUGUAGCUGUUGAUUUGUCUUCUCAGGUUGAAUGUGAGGUUGUGCUUGGGGGAAACGAUGCUAGGACUAUGCCCAAGAAGCGGGGUAUCGGAUUACUAUGCAUAUAGAGCAAGCUAUUAUGGUGUGAUUGAGUCUAUUUGGCACA